UCUAACUAGCGAAAUUUCGACUUUUCUCGCGGCAACGAUCUCUACCGCCGAUGCUUCCGGUGAACAGAAACAAAGCUCUUUUAUCUAUCUUGAGCCAAACGAAAUCACUACACCAUACUCAACAAGUUCACGCUAAGGUCAUAGUCCAUGGAUUCCAGGAGGAAGUUGUUCUCGGAUCUAGUGUCACUAACGCUUAUAUACAAUCGCAUCGUCUGGAUUUUGCUACUGCUUCUUUCGAUCGAAUCCCUUCUUGGAAUCGGAAUCGGUACUCGUGGAAUACGAUUCUUUCUGGUUACUCCAAAUCCAAGAGUUAUGGUGAAAUCUUAAGUCUUUACAACCGUAUGAGGAGCAAUUGUGAUGGCGUCGACAGUUUCAAUUUGGUAUUUGCAAUCAAAGCUUGUGUUGGUUUAGAGAUUUUAGAAAAUGGGAUGCUGAUUCAUGGCUUGGCAAUGAAGUCUGGGUUGGACAAGGACGCUUAUGUUGCUCCGUCGUUAGUUGAGAUGUAUGCACAGUUCGGUACUUUGCAAUGUGCGCAGAAGGUGUUCGAUGAAAUUCCUAUUAGAAGUUCAGUUCUUUGGGGCGUUCUAAUGAAAGGGUAUUUGAAAUUUUCCAAAGACCCGGAAGUAUUUCGUUUAUUUUAUCUCAUAAGAGACACAGGUUUUGGGUUUGAUGCACUUACUUUGAUAUGUUUGGUUAAGGCUUGUGGGAACGUUUUUGCUGCUAAAGAAGGGAAGUCAGUCCAUGGAUUAUCCAUUAGAAGGAGCUUUGUAGAUCAGAGCGGUUAUCUACAAGCCUCCAUCGUAGAUAUGUACGUGAAAUGUAGAUUGUUGGAUAAUGCCCGGAAACUAUUUUCAAGAAGUGUUGAUAGAAAUGUAGUAAUGUGGACUACACUGAUUUCUGGUUUUGCAAAAUGUGAGAGAUCUAUUGAAGCAUUUGAUAUGUUCAGGCAGAUGCUGGGUGAAUCGAUUCUUCCAAAUCAGUGUACUUUGGCGGCCCUUCUUGUUUCUUGCUCUAGCUUGGGAUCUCCACGGCACGGGAAGAGUGUUCAUGGCUACAUGAUAAGGAAGGAGAUUGAAAUGGAUGCUUUAAAUUUUACAUCUUUCAUCGAUAUGUAUGCCAGAUGCGGGAACAUUCAAAUGGCUCGGAAGGUUUUUGAUGUGAUGCCAGAGAGAAAUGUGAUAUCUUGGAGCUCGAUGAUCAAUGCUUUUGGGAUAAAUGGCAUGUUCAAGGAAGCUCUGGAUUGUUUUGAUAAAAUGAUCUCGCAGAACCUAGUUCCAAACUCUGUGACAUUUGUUUCCCUUUUGUCGGCAUGUAGCCACUCGGGAAACGUCAAAGAAGGAUGGAAGCAGUUUGAAUUGAUGACAAGAGACUACGGGAUUGUACCAGAGGAAGAACACUAUGCGUGUAUGGUAGAUUUGCUAGGUCGAGCCGGUGAAAUCAGGGAAGCUAAGUCUUUUAUUGAUAGCAUGCCUGUGAAACCAAUGACCAGUGUUUGGGGAGCUCUUCUGAAUGCUUGUAGAAUCCAUAAAGAAGUCGACUUAGCAGAAGAAAUCGCAGAGAAGUUUUUUUCCAUGGAACCCGAUGAGUCAAGCGUCUACGUCUUGCUUUCUAACAUAUAUGCAGAUGCUGGGAUGUGGGAGAUGGUGAAUUGUGUAAGACGGAAAAUGGGCAUCAAAGGAUAUAGAAAACCAAUAGGACUAUCUGGUAUUGAAGUCGGCUAGAAACACUUAGGUAAUAAUUCUGAAGCAUAGUUUGACGAAGAACGUAUUGAGAUAUGAAAGCACUAACAUAGAAAGAUGAUGGAAAUUACUAUGAGAGAUAUAGUUACUUGGUAUACUUCAGUGGAGAAACCGAGUACCUGAGCAUACGAACAUAUAAUUCAAGUGCUCGAAUCGGGUAAGAACAAGUAACGAGUCCUUUAAUCAACGCGUUGUAGACGAAAUCGCGAGAUCAAGAUGGUUAAAGGAAGUGGAGGCAGUGAUGAAGUGGUUCAUAACGUGACAGUCCUGAUUUUGGCUGGUCUUAAUCAUGGCAGCUAAAGCAGAGCUUAGGGAUCGAGCAUUGCUUGAUAAACUGUAAAAUUGGAAGAUUCUCGGAAAGUGAAGUCGAGCGACUUCGGAGGAGAAGAAGAUGUAAAGACUGUACCCCAAAGCUACGGAUACUAGCCAAAUCAUUCAUGUAAAUGUUGUCUCUACUACGUCAGAUUAUGUAAUUUCAGUGGAUAU